AGUUGUUAUUGUCCAAAUUAAACCGGACAUAAGAAGAAAAUUUCAAGGGACCCAUCCAAAGCAUUGAGUCGUGAUUUCAUUUUCCAGCAAAGCACAUUCAUCAUUCAUGUUUUCCAUUCAUGCAGUUCACGUUUCACUUUCAGCCAAACUUCAUCCAAAAUUCUCAAUUCAAAAUCUCAACCCUCCAUUCCAUUUAAUCAAAGGUUGAAAAUCACCCUCAUCAAAUCACACAGAUCACUCCCUCCAACUCUCAAAAUCUCAACAAAACUUUCCCUCUCCAAAUUCAGUUGGCAACCAAAAUUCCCUCUCAAUUUUUCAGAUUCUUUACCUAUAAAUAAACUUGUUCAGUCACAAAGGGAGGAGAAAAAGCUAGAGUUAUGCUGCCCAAAUUGUAACAGAAAUUCUCCUCCAAACGCUCACGUUAUCAGCUUCAUCACUCUCCAAAUUUCUCAAACCUUCACUUCAAUUGCAACAACCUUCCUUCUUCGUCAAACUCACAACAUCAAUAUCAUUAUCAUCACCCGCAAAUCGGAAAUUACAACACUUCAACUCCAUGAACUCAGCUUCACACUCAACCUUCAAUUUCUGAUACGACUUUCUUCUAUCUGCAAUUGAUCCGCAUCAACUCACGCAACAAUUUCGAAGUCUUCAUCUGCUCAAAUUUUAAAUUCAAUCUUCGAUCCACAAUAAUCAAUCCAUCUUCAACUGCACCUUCACUUUCAUUCAUCAAUGAUUCUGCAUCCAUCUUCAACAACAAUUAAUCGAGCAUACCAGAUCCUUCAGCAACAAACUCCAUCGCACAACACAACGUAACUUCAAGCAUCAACGAUUCACCAUCACCAACGCACGCUUCUGCGAUUCGCAACGGAUUGAUUCUUGGAAGAAUUCGCUGCAGCUUGGAAAUCCAACCUAUCUCUUCAUUCGGAAUCAUCACCGGAGGAACAUCUCCGAAGGGGAUAUUAAAGAUUUUCUAAAAGAAUAUCACUAGAGACAUCAAAUUAGCUUACGGUGUGUGGUUCCAGAAGUUUCUGAAUUUCUCUAAAGUUACUUUGAAGUCUCUGGUUUCUAUUUGUACAACGCCGAUUCAAACCUACCCAUCUCCCACAUAAAGUCUAACUCAGAAUUCCUUAGUACCUGAUAGAGAAACCAAGAAGUUUUUGUUUAGCUCAAUUAAGACAUGGAUAAGACAUGGAUGAAUUCAAACCGAUUGUCGAAAGAGUACGAGAAAGGGGUAUGGGAAUUCGUUGAGUUUGCGGUUGCGCACUCCAAAGACCCGCUUCGAAUGCCGUGUCCUUGCUUGGGUUGCUGUUAUGGGGGUAAGGUUGACGGGAAUAAGUUGGCAUCCCAUUUACUACGGUUUGGAAUUGAUAGAAGUUAUACAUGUUGGACAAUGCAUGGUGAGAAAAGUAACGGGAAUGCUGAGUCGAGUUGUAAUAGGAAGUAUGCUUCAAACGACGAUUGCACAGACACAUACGAUUGCGAUCGAGUCGAAGAGAUUGCAGAAGCGCUUGAAGAAGAUCUUGAGGAUUGUCCCAAAAAGUUCGAGAGGUUGGUAAGCGAUGCAGAGAAACCGUUGUAUGAUGGUUGUACAAAAUUCACAAGAUUGUCUGCGGUGUUAAAGUUGUACAACUUAAAGGCGGACAACGGAUGUUCGGAUAAAAGUUUCACAGAGUUAUUAGCCCUUAUGAAAGAUAUGCUACCAGAGGAUAAUGUUCUUCCCAAUCGAACGUAUGAGGCCAAAAAGAUGUUGUCCUCUAUUGGCAUGAGCUAUGAUAAGAUACAUGCAUGUCCAAACGAUUGCGUUUUGUUUCGAAACGAGUAUGCAGCGUUGAAUGAGUGUCCUAAAUGUGGUGCCCCUCGAUAUAAGAAAAAGUUGUCUCCUGCUAAAGUCUUAUGGUAUUUUCCUAUAAUUCCGAGAUUUAGACGCAUGUAUCGUAGUGAGACCGAUUCAAGACACUUGACUUGGCAUGCAGAUGAAAGAAUUAUUGAUGGAAAGUUGCGACAUCCGGCAGACUCACCACAAUGGAUGAAAGUUGAUACUGAAUAUCCUGAAUUUGGAAAAGAAGCAAGAAACCUUCGGUUGUCAUUGUCUACUGAUGGAAUGAACCCGCAUGGUAUUCAAAGUAUCUCGCAUAGCACAUGGCCUGUGAUUCUUAUGAUUUAUAACCUACCUCCGUGGCUAUGUAUGAAGCGUAAGUACAUGAUGUUAUCUAUGCUAAUUUCUGGGCCUAAACAACCAGGGAAUGACAUAGACGUAUACUUGGCACCCUUAAUCGAAGAUUUAAAGUUUUUGUGGGAGAACGGUGUGGAGGUUUACGAUGGGUAUAGGAAGGAAAGUUUCAACUUGAGGGCGAUGUUGUUUGGAACAAUUAAUGAUUUUCCAGCAUACGGAAAUCUAUCCGGGUAUAGCAAUAAAGGUCAAAAGGCGUGUCCUGUUUGUGAAGACGAAACCGAUACGACACGAUUGGAUCUUUGUCAGAAGAAUGUCUUUCUCGGCCAUCGUAGAUUCUUAAAUCCUAAUCAUCACUACCGUGGGUGGAGAAAAGCAUUCAAUGGAAAGGCCGAACAUCGUACAGCCCCGCCCUUUUUGUCAGGUGAUCAAAUUUUUGAAAAGGUGAAAGAUCUAAGCACUCAGUUUGGCAAGCCUUUUGCACAUUCACUUGUCAAGGGUGGGUGGAAGAAGAAGUCAAUUUUUUUUGAACUUCCAUAUUGGAAGUCGUUGUACGUAAGACAUUUCCUGGAUGUUAUGCAUAUUGAAAAAAAUGUAUUUGACAGCGUUAUAGGUACGCUACUCAAUAUACAAGGAAAGUCUAAGGAUGGUGUUAACACAAGGAAUGACAUGGUAAACAUGGGGAUGAGAAUUGAAUUGGGGCCCGUGACGAAAGGAAGAUGAACAUAUCUGCCACCUGCUGUUUACACUCUAUCUAGAAAGGAGAAGAAAACAUUGUGUAAGUUCCUUAGUGAAGUUAAAGUUCCAGAAGGCUACUCUUUAGAUAUUAGAAGACUUGUGUCCAUGAAAGACCUCAAGUUAAAGAGUUUGAAGACGCAUGAUUGCCAUGUUAUAAUGGAACAUUUUUUACCGAUAGGUAUACGUUCUAUUCUACCAGAAAAAGUAAGAAGCGCAAUAACUAAGCUGUGUUUCUUCUUCAGGUCUAUUUGCAGUAAGGUGGUCGAUCCCGCGAUCUUACCAACAUUGCAAAAAGAGAUAGUUGUUACUUUAUGUGAUCUUGAAAUGUAUUUUCCUCCCUCGUUUUUUGACAUAAUGGUUCAUCUAGUCGUUCAUCUUGUGAAAGGGACACAACUGUGCGGACCAGCUUAUAUGAGAUGGAUGUACCCUGCUGAACGUUAUAUGAAAAUAUUAAAAGGGUACGUGAAAAACAGAAGUCGACCGGAGGGUUGUAUUGCCGAGCGAUACGUUGUUGAAGAAGCGGUUGAGUUUUGUACUGAAUAUCUGUCAAAUGUUCAAUCAAUUGGACUCCCCAAAUCUCAUAUUGUCGAAAAAAAAGAAGGAAAAAGGCUAAUUGGAAAUAAAGUUGUGACAGUAUCAAUGGUCGAACUGGAUCAAGUGCACUUGUAUGUUCUGCACAAUGAGAUUGAGGUUGAGCCGUUUGUUGAAAUGCACAAGGUUGUUCUCCGAGAUUUAAAUCCAAAUAGAAAUGAGAACUGGAUAGUACGAGAGCACAAUCGAAGUUUCAUACCGUGGUUUAGGGAUCAUAUUUAUUCAAAGUAUCGUUCAGAUCCUGUUUCAGUAACAGAAAGGUUGAGAUGUUUAGCCUAUGGUCCAAGUGUAAUUGUGCUUUCUUAUAGCGCAUACGCAAUUAAUGGAUACACAUUUUAUACCAAAGAAUAGGAUGAUAAAAGUACUAUGCAAAAUAGUGGUGUUACCUUGGUAGCUGAAGCAAUGCACAUAUCAAGUGCGAAUGACUUAAAUCCGAAAUGUGCAAAUUUGUCAUAUUUUGGGGUUAUCGAGCGCAUUUUGGUGUUUGAUUACGCGAAGUUUCAGAUUCAUGUAUUUGGUUGCAAGUGGGUUGAAAAUAAUAGUGGCAUACGAAUGGAUAAGUCAGGACUUUUGCAAGUGGAUCUCAAUAGGGUAGGGUACAAAGAUGAGCCUUUCAUUCUAGCCUCUCAAGCUAAACAAGUGUUCUAUGUCAAUGAUCCGACAAGUACGAAAUGGUCUAUAGUGCUUUUAUCUAACAAAAUAGUUGAUGAAAAGAUUGAAGAUCAAUGUGAUAUUGGUGUUGGCAUUGAAUCUUGUACAAGAAACGAUCAAAAUGAGAAUGAAUCUUGUACUAGAAAUGAUCAUAAUGAGGGUAUUUGGAUCAAUCCAACCGUCCGCAUUGUUAAGAGACGCGUAGUACACAAUCCUACCAAGAAAAGAAAGAGACGUUAGUGAUAAAGGUUCAAUGGCUCCGGAUAGAGAUGCUCCACCUGAAAACUCACAAGAAAACUCAAAAGAAAGAGAUGCUCAAGAAAGAGAUGCUCCGGAUACAAAUGCUCCACCUGAUACUGAAGCAAAAGAAGUUGCACGAGGCAUCACCAUUAUGAAGGGAAUUAUUCGACAUAGAGACCAAGGAUUAGUAUACCGAUUGGAAUGGAAUUCUGAAAAACAAGCAAUUGGUCCUAAUUCUGCAAAGUUGACAAGUUAUAUUGGUACACUUGUUCGUAUGCAUAUUCCGGUCUCCGUAGCUAAAUGGAAUCUGAAAAGUUUAGAGUUGGAUGCGAAAAAAAAAGCGAUUUGGGACGAGCUUCAGAGGACUUUUGAGAUACCAGAUGAUCGUAGACGCUACAUACUUGGUUUGGCCGGCAAAAGAUAUAGAGGGUGGAAAGCUUUUUUGACAAACACUUAUCUUAAGGAUAAAGAUGGAAACUUUCUUGAAGAGGCACCGGGACGGCCAAAAAAGUAUGAGAUCUUCAUUGAUGAAAAAGAUUGGGCUGAGUUUGUAAAGCAAAGAGAUGAAGAUUUUCGGAGAAGGAGUGCCACGAAUAGUGCGAGAGCAUCCAAACCCGCAUAUCCAUACAAAAAAGGGCGUUUGGGAUAUGCACGCUUGGAGGAUAAAAUUUUAGAGGAGACUAAAAGUGAGGAAACCUCACUUCCUGAACAUGUGUUGUGGAGGGAAGCUCAUGUGGGCAAGAAUCAAGCUGUCGAUCCCGAAGUUCAGAGAGUUUUUACUGAAUGUAGACCUUGUCGCAAUCGGCAUCCACCGGUGAGGGGAGCGUACUUAGUAGAGCACUAGAUGCUCUUGAGUAUCCCGGUCGGGUGAGGGGUAAGGGUCAUGGUGUGACUCCAACCUCUUUUUACAAGAGUCCUAGGAGAAG